AUAAUACGAUUUAUUUUACAGGUUAUUAUAUUGGCCAGCUCGGAGUUCUGCUUCUUCCUUGUUAUUCAAGAUGGUCAUGCCCCGAAUGAAUAUCCUCAACUGUAUCGUCUUAAUUGGAUGGAUCACUACAGUAACGGCGACAGUGAUGGAUCCACUGGGCUCUGAUCCAACGGAGUCUUUAGGAAUAACGAAUGUGAGAGUCGUUCCGCUGAGUCCUACCAAGGCACUGGUCAGCUGCAGAGCAAUGUGGCACAACGCGUUUUUCAAGGUGUCGUGCUUCUCUCCCGGUCAAGAGGCGGUACCGUCGGUUUCUGUGGUCCUUGGAGAAGACCAUUUCGAUAGAUCCGAAAAAAUGGCGUUGCUCUCGGAACUGAGGGCAUCGAAGAACUACACUAUUGCAAUACUGGGCUGUCUCAUGAAAGUAAGCUGUGGAAUUCCAACAGAGACCUGGGUCAUCACUCAACCCCACAGAGACUCAAAUGGAGAAAUAAAAUUAUUGAGACCCACGGUCGAACCUGUGGCUUCUGUUCCAGAUGCACCGAGUGUAAUAACCCUGGUUGGUGGGAACUCGACGACUGCGGCCGUCACGUGGACCUUCAGAGACACCGAAAUUGUUGAAAUUCAGGCUUCCUUGGACAACUCAACUUGGCUGAACUGUACGGAUCCGAGUGACAACUGUCGGAUGAGUAGCUUCUAUGAUGACUGGCUGCCAUAUGAUCGAACUGGGAUGACGGUGUUCACCCAUCUAAUGCCUGGACACAGAUAUAGUCUCUGGGUCAGAGGAUGCAACCAUGUGGGCUGUGGUGCGGCCCGCUCCUCGGAAGUGCAAACAGGUAUGAAGGUCCCUGCAUAAGAAGGCUUCAACAGGCUCCAAGUCAAACACGAGGCCAUUUAGAAUAAAUGAAGCCCUCUCAAACGGGCCUCAUU